AUGGCCACCGUACGAAAUGGCCACCUCAAUGGUGUGCCUCUCAGCAAGCGUUUCUCGGACAUCCCAGCCAACGUCGACGUCCCGUUCCAGGGCGGACAAGAAGACGAAGCCAUCGAAAUCAGUCUCGAAGCCCUUAACGAGGAUCCUACUGAGCUCUGCGAAAUGCUCGAGAACGAGAGCGCCGCACGAACCUACUGGAUGACGGUUGCCAUUGCCUACGCGAAGCACAACAACGUCGACAAUGCCAUCGAGAUGCUCGUAAGAGGAGGCAACGCCUUGCAAAGCAACAACCCCAAGGAGAAGCUGAGCUUGGUCAGCGCCCUCUGCUGGAUGUAUCUCUGGAAGAGCAGGGAGGCCCCACGUGUUGCCCCCGAGGCGUCCAUGGGCUCUGAAGCCAAGACGAAAGAGUACUACCUAAACCAGGCUACACAAUCGCUCAACGAGGCCCUGCGCAUCAACCCUGCCUUCCCUCCCUUGUUCCUCGCGAGGGGCGUAAUCUACCUUCUCAGAGCCUCGCUGGUUUCACCAUCCAAGACCGCCGGCCCCAACGCCAUCGACCCGGAAAAGGCAGACCUUCUGCGCAAUGCGCUCAAGUGCUUCGAGGAUGCCAUCCGAGUCUCGCACGGCAAGAAUGUGCUCGCCCUGAUGGGCAAGGCCAGAGCCUUGUUUUCUCUGGCCAAAUAUGCCGAGGCCUGCGCUCUGUACCAGGAUGUCUUGAGGAAAAUGCCCGACAUGGUUGACCCCGAUCCUCGCAUUGGCAUCGGCUGCUGUUUCUGGCAAUUGGGCUUCAAGGACGAUGCCAAGCAGGCCUGGGAGCGCAGUCUGGAGAUCAAUCCGAACUCAAAGGUUGCCAAUAUCCUGCUGGGUCUUUACUACCUCGACGCAAGCGCAAGGGUACCCACAAACAGCCCAGAGUUCAUCAAGCUGUAUAAGAAGGCCAUGACCGAAUUCACUCAAAAGUCUUUCAAGAUGGACAAGAACCAGCCGCUGACUUGCGCUACGUUUGCUGGAUAUUUCCUUUCUAGGAAACAACUGUCGAAUGUCGAGUCCCUGUCAAACAAGGCCCUCCAGUACACUGACGUCAACAACAUUGCCAGCGACAGCUGGUAUCUGUUGGCCCGCAAGGAACACAUGGAGAACAACAUCGAGAAAGCAACCGACUACUAUCGCCGUGCCGACGAGGCCCGGGGUGGGCUCGAGCGGGGUUAUCUACCAGCCAAGUUCGGUGUUGCCCAACUCUCGGUUCUGAACAAUGAUCUCGGGGAGGCCAAAUUACGACUGGAGAAGAUGAUUCAGCAGUCCAAGAACUACGAAGCCAUGGUACUUAUGGGAACAUUGUAUGCCGAGGAAGUCUUUGCAAACCAAUUCGCGGCCGUCAAGGAGGAUAAAACCACGGAAAUGAACAAGGCAAUUCAGUACCUGGAGAAUGUCCGUGGUGCUUGGAAAGAUCCGAAGCGGAACCAGUCACCAGACUCCUCGGUCCUACUGAACCUCGCUCGCCUUUACGAGAGCGACCAACCUGCCAAGGCACUAGAGUGCUUACAACAGGUGGAACAACUAGAAGUUGAUCAGAUACCGGACUCGGAGCGCCCUACCGACAUCCAAGACCCGGCAGCGUACAAGAAUGCUCUACGCAAGAACCUUCCACCUCAGCUCUUGAACAACAUCGGAUGCUUCUUUGCACAAGCUGAAAGGCAUGACCCGGCGAGCGAGAUGUUUGAAGCUGCGCUUGGCGCCUGUAUGCGCAUCAGCGAGAAGGGCGAUGAUAUGGACACUGACGCGUUGGUAACGACUAUCAGCUUCAACUUGGGCCGGAGCUACGAAGCGCAAGGGCAAACUGACAAGGCGAUCGAGGUCUAUGACCGUCUGGUAUCACGCCACAAUGAUUACACUGAUGCUCAGGCUCGAUUGGCCUACAUCAAGCUACGCCGGAAUCCUAACAAGGAAGGCCCAGACGCAGUUGCCAAACUCUACCAGGACAACCCGUCCGACCUAGAGGUUAGAGCUCUCUAUGGUUGGUAUCUGGGCAAAGUCCAAUCACGAAAGCGGCCUGCCAACAUCAACGAGGACCCCGAGUUGCGCCACUACAAGCACACAUUACAGCAGUACGACAAGCACGAUCGCUACGCACUAGUUGGUAUGGGCAACUUGUACAUGUUGGCCGCUCGUGAGAUGCGUCGGGACUCAGAGUCGGAUAAACAAAAGCGGUCUAGCAUGUAUAGCCGAGCUGUGGAGUUCUUUGAGAAGGCCCUGCAACUCGACCCGAAGAACGCGUACGCUGCACAAGGCAUUGCUAUCGCUUUGGUCGAGGACAAGAAAGACAUGAAAACGGCCCUACCAAUAUUUCUCAAGAUUAGGGACACCGUGAAAGACUCUCAUGUCUUUGUCAAUCUUGGACACAUCUAUGCCGAGCUUCGCCAGUAUUCCAAGGCCGUCGAGAGCUAUGAAACCGCAUUAUCAAAGGAAGGCAAGACUAAUGAUACGAGUAUCCUCGCCUGUCUUGGUCGCACCUGGCUGAAUAAAGCGCGCCAGGAGAAGGAUAUUGACGCGUACCAGACGGCACUUGACUAUGCCAAAAAGACUUUCAAUAUUGCUCCCGACCAGAUUCACUUCAAGUUCAAUGUUGCCUUUGUGCAGAUCCAGCAGGUGCAAGCCAUUUCAAAGGUUCUAGAAGCACAACGCACGUUAUUACAGCUUGAAGAUGCAUUCCAGGAAAUCGAAUCUGCCAUCAAGGCCCUGGAGGAGAUCGCGGCACAUCCACAGCCUCCUUAUCCCAAGUCUGAUCUAGAGCAGCGAGCAAGUCUUGCCAAAACUCAACGAAAUCAGCUUUCGCGAGAAAUCGAGAAACAGAAGGAGUAUGAGGAGAAAAACAAAGAAAAGCUAGCUGCCGCGAUGGAGCAACGACAAGUCGAGUUGAAGCGCCGUGAAGCGGAACGUGAGAAGGCCCUGGCUGCAGAACGCGCGCGCCAAGAGAAACUUCGAAAGGAACGUGAAGAGAUUGCAGCUCGUGACUUGGAGUUGAUCAAGCAGCGCAUCGACGACGAAAAGUCUCGUCAGGAAGCAGAGAUGACAACGGACAGUGAGACUGGAGAGAAGAUCAAGCGUAAAAAGAAAGCCAAAGCCCCUCGUGGUGAGCGUGGCGAGGGCCAGCCAAGGAAGAGCCGGUCUCGCAAGAAGAAGGCCGAAGACGACGAGUCCGGCACAGAUGGCGAUGACCAACCAAAGAAGAAGAGACGCCUCACCAAGAAGGAAACCAAGCCAAGCAGCAAGUAUAAGUCGGCGGAGAUCAUCGUCGAUAGCGAUGAGAGCGGCGACGAGCUCGACCGGGCUGAGCGGGCUAUCAGUGCUGUUUCGGACCGAUCUGAAGCGGACAACAGGCGAGCUGAUAGUGACGAGGAAGACCGUAUGGAACUUGAUAACGGUGCUGGCGGUGAUGACGACGAUGAUGAGGCCGCUGGCACGACACGGCGUCGGGCCCGGAGAGGCAGAGUUGUCGACAGCGAUGAGGACGAGGAUGAAGACGACGGUGAUGCGGCACCAGCAGCGGACAAGUCUGAUAAUGACGAUGCGCCUGCAAAAGGUGCAGACACCAGCAUGGCUGAUAUUGCCGCUGAUGAUGACGAUGAAGAAUGA